UCAUCAGGCCGCACCCAGACGAGCGGUGAUUAGUCGGCUAAAUUUAGAGGAAUGAGGGGUUAAAUCUAAAUGAGAUGGGGAUUAUUCGGCGUUGGAUACUGUCGAUUUACCUGGAUAUAUGUCUAGACAUUUUUAAAGGGACUAGAGAGAUAAAAAAUGGUGCUAGAAGUACAUUUGAGUGUUGUUUACUAGUUAGCCGGGUGGCUACACAACUCGACAAGUAGUUAAACUGCAUUAAGUCUGACUUGUAAAUAAAUAAAUAGUUAGUUUCGUAAUUUAUUAUAUGGAGAGCAUUAUGUACGAUCAUUAAGGCUGGGAUGUUUAAUCAACUAACGUCAACUAACUACAUAGGGCCAGAGUCAAAUGGGUAAACAUUGACAGGUCUUUAUCAGGCAGUUUAAAAGUUAUAUUAAGUGUUGAAUGUAAUUUAAAAUAUCUGUUUAAAUGUGGAAAAACUGGAUAAGAAGAGGAGCACAGGGUUGUGGAUGGUUGGCCAUGGUGCUGGCAGCUGUGUUCUGCCUUUUUAGUGGAGUCACUGGUCAAGAUGGGCACACAAUGACUGCAGAGGAGAAGUCUAAAAUCAGGGACCAGAUUCUGGAGAUGUUCGAUCAUGCCUAUGACAAUUACAUGAAAUAUGCAUACCCAGCAGAUGAGUUGAUGCCCCUCAGCUGUAGGGGGAGGGUGAGAGGGCUGGAACCCAAUCGAGGGGACAUUGAUGAUUCUUUGGGGAAGUUCUCUCUAACAUUAAUAGACACUUUGGAUACCCUUGUGUUGUUAAACAAACUGGAUGAGUUUGAGGAGGCAGUCAAAAAGACGGUCAGUGACGUCAGACUGGACAAUGAUAUCGUCGUCUCCGUCUUUGAGACCAAUAUUCGUGUGCUAGGUGGCUUGUUGGGUGCACAUGUGAUGGCAGAAGUUCUGAAACAGCGUGGAGAGAGGAUGCAAUGGUACAGAGAUGAACUGCUGCACAUGGCCAAAGAAGUGGGCUACCGCCUCCUGCCUGCCUUUAACACCACCAGUGGCCUUCCAUACCCUCGGGUAAACCUGCGCUAUGGAGUCCUCAACCCCCUCUCCCGUACAGGCACUGAGUCGGACACCUGCACUGCAUGUGCGGGGACCAUGAUCCUAGAAUUCGCAGCUCUCAGCCGACUUUCUGGGGACACAAUAUUUGAGGAACAUGCUCGGAAAGCUCUGGAUGUCCUCUGGGAGAAGAGGCAAAGAGGAAGUGACCUCGUUGGUACAGUUAUCAACAUCCACAGUGGAGACUGGGUUCGCAGGGAUAGUGGUGUUGGUGCUGGAAUAGACUCUUAUUAUGAAUACUUGAUGAAAGCAUAUAUUCUUCUUGGAGACAAGGUGUACCUUGAGAGAUUCAACACACACUACAGUGCCAUUAUGAAGUACAUCAGCCAGCCUCCUCUGCUGCUCAACGUGCACAUGCACAACCCCACCGUGAACGUGCACAGCUGGAUGGAUUCCUUGCUCGCCUUCUUUCCUGGAUUACAGGUUCUAAGGGGAGAUUUGAAACCUGCCAUUGAGACACAUGAGAUGUUGUACCAAGUGACCAAACAGCACAAUUUCCUCCCUGAGGCCUUUACCUCAGAGUUCAGAGUUCACUGGGGGCAGCACCCUUUAAGACCAGAGUUUGCUGAGAGCACAUAUUUCCUUUAUAAAGCCACAGGUGAUCCGUACUACUUGAAAGUGGGCCAGUCUAUAGUGGAGAAGCUGAACGCUCAUGCGCGGGUCCCCUGUGGUUUCGCGGCAGUACAAGAUGUGAGGACAGGAAUGCAUGAAGACAGGAUGGAUUCCUUCUUCCUGGCCGAGAUGUUUAAGUACCUCUACCUGCUGUUCUCAGAGAAGAGCCAGUUGCCUAUAAACAUUGAUGACUAUAUUUUCACUACUGAAGCUCACUUGCUUCCUGUAUCUCUGUCCACGAACCAGCCCCCCUGCCAUAGCAACAACACGGAACCUCAAGGAUCUCAUGCGGACGAUUUGUUUUCAUACUCCUGCCCCAGUGCUCAGACCCUGUUUCCCAACAACCCCACCUUUGCCAAAACUAUCAGGGACAGUUACAAAUACCUCACCGGUGUGGGCAGACUCCACCAGAACUCACCUGUCAGGGGGAUUAAACUGCCUCUUCAUGACACAGGCCUGGAGCCAGUGGAGUUUCUGAAGAGCAUGGGCAUCUCUCUAACACCCCUUACUGAGCUGGCCUCUGCCAGUUUAGGCUCAGCAGCACAGAACACUCAGAAAGGUGUUUACAAAUUAAAGCUGGUUGCUGAGGUGAGCCAAACCCCUGAGCAUGCGGAAGUGGUGCCACUGAUUGUGCAGCUCAUUUCUCCUCCAUUUUUGGGUAGAACGGUCCUUACAGCUGGACCAGCAAAGUUUGGAAUGGACCUUACCAAACAAGAGCACGGGUUGAAAGGCAGUAUUAUGAGGAGUGUUCCAUAUACAGCAUGUGGGUCCAUUGAGAAUGCAGUAGAGAUGCAGGGACACAUAGCGCUGGCAUUGAGAGGAGACUGCAUGUUUGCUGCUAAAGCUCGCCGCCUACAGGAAGCCGGAGCCAUUGGAGUCAUCUUCAUAGAUCACAGAGAGGGCAGCAGCAGUGCCGAGACUCCACUGUUUCAGAUGGUUGGAGAUGGAGACUCUACAGAUGACAUCACCAUUCCUCUGGUGUUCCUCUUCAGUAAUGAUGGAGCUACACUUACUGCCGCUCUAGAGGAACAUCACAGUGUGGACGUCCUUUUGCUGGCCAAAGAGAAACGACUGCGGAAAGAAAAAACAGAGAAAUUGAACAUUAAAUUCCGUCUGGCUAAGGAUGGAGAGUUUGCAGAGGGGGAAGUGGAGAGCACUACCAUCCAGCUGGUGCUUGAGCAAAGCGAGGCAGCCACAGAGACGGAUAUUGAUGGGAGAGAAUCCGCAUCCUCAACAGGGGACAACCAGGAGACCUGCACCUCUUCACAGAAAAACCUCGAGAGCAGCCCCUGACAGUGGGACCAGCCCAUGACCAUGAUUCCCUUCACAGAAUGCAGAAACCGGAUAUUCAAACUCUCUCUUCCCCCUUUUUAUAUUAAAGAUGGCCUCACCUUGUGUAGUUCAGAGUUUGAACCGGAUUGAUCUGCAUAGAGUGAGAGGGCAAGACAUGCAAAACUCUGUCUCUUUAUUGUGGUAUUUGCAAUGGAUUCUUUUCAAUGGUCCUCAGUGGAAAAAACAAGUGAGAAGAAUUGGUUCUCUUCCUCAUAUCUAAGUGGCUUGAAGUCUUUAGGACAGCCUUAAUACAGGGCUCCUAUGACCAAAACAGUGUUGUAGUCAUUAUAUCACAGAAGAUGUUUAAAUGAGGGAGAUGGACCAAAAUACCUGAAAUAGGUUAAAAUUUCUAUCUCUCUCUCUCUCUCUCUCUCUCUCUCUCUCUGUAUAAAUAUACAGUGAAAUACAGGAUAUA